UAAACUUGCUAGUUGCAACAAAUCCGAGGGCAGCAGAUUGUGCUCUGUGUGAUUGUAAGUGGUUGUCUUAGAUGUUUCACCGGUAAUGAAUAUCACCCCAUGCUGUUGCUGUUUACUUUCUGAACUAUCGGCGGUACAAAUCUGGUCGAAACGCAAUUAAACUUGCAGACGGCAACCGCCUGUAAGACUCAAAAGGGAAAGAGAAGUUUUGCACGGACAAUUUUUCGAACGCAACAGUUUCCGGAACCGAGUACACAGAAGUUUGACAUUGUACAUUUUAGAGGCAUUAAAUAUGGUUUCACUGUCUUUAAAUUCGUUAAAACAAGUAAUGAGACUAAUGGUAGAUGGCCCAGGCUUCGACAGAGUCCUCAGCAAGGUAGACAUCUUGUCUGCCAGCCCAGGAAAGGUGGUGUGUGAGAUGCGGGUUGAAGAGGAGCACACCAACCGGGGAGGGACGCUACACGGUGGGCUGACAGCCACCUUGGUCGAUGUCAUCUCCACCAUGGCUAUCAUGUACAGUGAGAGGGGAGCGCCAGGAGUCAGUGUGGACAUGAACAUAACAUACAUGAAUGCUGCCAAGAUGGGAGAGGAUGUACUCAUCACUGCUCAGGUUUUGAAGCAAGGACGUACAUUGGCGUUUGCCACUGUAGACCUCACGAACAAGGCCACAGGGAAGCUCAUCGCACAAGGAAGACACACCAAACACCUCGGCAGCAGUUAAACUGUCUCACCUGUGUGCCUGUCUUUAUGUCACACUUUUCAUGUGUCUGUACUGUAAAAACAAAAGAAGAUGUAAACUAACUGAUGCCUGUAAAUAGUUUGCAACAAUGCAUUUAACAGUGGUAACAGUGCUACAAACCAUUCUCAUGGUUGGUUAAUGACUGAUGGUCAAGAGUCAGUCCUGACCUAACUGCUGUAAAAUUGGUAUUGCUUCAUGCACAUGCAAUAAAAGAAAUAGACAAGA